UAGCGGCGUCCAGCGAGUGAUCGUGUUAGAUGUCGCCAGUAUAACUUGUAACUGGAACCAGGAACAGACUAUGGUGUGGAUGAUUUACAAGCGCUUCAGUUUGGUGGUUCUUUUGACGGUCCUGCAGAGUGGCAUGGGUGAAGACUACUUGGUGGCUCUGGCAUAUACAGGCAAAGACUCGUACAUCAGGUACACAGCCGGAGAAACCGGGGGCUUGGUGGAGAUACAGUAUCCACACUUCGCCAAAAGAACAUCCAGUGUGUUGGGUCCCUUCCAGGGUAGUUGGCACCGUGUAAGCGAUAAGAUGAAAAUCACUAGUGUUGUAGAAAAUACAGCUGUCGUUGUAAGUGCAAGUGACGAAAAUGUAAACAUUGUGGUAGCCGCUGACGGUGUAUUCUCUCCUCUUCCUAUAUCUGCCCUUGGGACCAAGUACAUUGUUCCUUCCAGUCUUGCACCUAACAGUAGUUAUCUAUCCUUGCUGCUGAUAGCUACACACAACAUGAGCACCAAUGUUGAUAUAUUCUUUCGAAUGAAAAAAGGAAGUGUUUACGUUGUCAAUUACGAAUACAGUGACGGCGAUACUCUGUCCCUCAAACUUGAUCCAUAUCAAACGUUGAUGGUGUCAACCCCACAUGAUCUGAAUGGAACGGUCAUUAACAGUGAACACAGUGUGGCCGUCUACAGUGGUAUAGACUAUGCCUCGAAGUACACAGUGUAUGACCAACUACCGCCUGUCAAGCACCACGGACAGGAGUAUGUUGUUGCUGUAGAUGACACCAAGCUGGAGCUGCAGAUCAUCAGUGAAAACAACCACGUGCAGAUCACGUUCAGUACCGGGGCCACAGUCUCCACUGGUGAGCGUCGUCUCUACAACCGCUCGCUUGAACAGGGAGAGAGUCUUCACUUCACCACCACACGCCCGGUACUGGUAACACUCAGUAGAGCAGAUGGUUACAGCAGUGUCUUCACAACUGUACCACCUGUACACUCUUACGUCACACACAGGGAUGUCUUACUUCAAGGUGACAAUCUAAAUACAACAUUAAAGAUUAUAACUGAGAAGACAGCGAGAGUGUUGAUUAAAAAGAAACAACUCAAUGAUGUUCUAACAUGGAUCGAUGUACCGGGCAGGAGAUACAAAGUUGGCACAGUGACACAUCCACCACAACAAUAUACAAGUUUUACGUUCAUUUCUAGCGACAUCCCCUUCACAGUUCUGUCCUUUUAUAACGGAUCGGUCCAUAACAUCGGCUACAAAUUGUCUGCAGAGGAGGCAGUACACUAUACAGGUGAAAGUUACUUGAUGGCAGUGGUGGGAUACCAUUCCUACUAUUCCGACCUACGCCCGCGGAUACUCGCCACUGCUGGGGAGACAGGAGGCCAGUGGCAGGUACAGGAUCCUCUCGCCGGGCGGGUCUGGUCUCGACGCGUCAAUCCUUACAACACAGACUACUUUUAUCCUAAUACCACAACAACCAAGGUAGUGCUUGUGCAUGUGAGAGAUGAUGCUAUUCAGAUCAGUGGCGUAAUGACCACUUUCAUAUCAUUCUCUCCCCUUCCUGUGUCAGCGCUAGGCACCAAGUACAUCAUUUCUUCCUGUCUUCCCCCUACUCACAUGCAUACGCAUUCAACGUACAUAGCAGUCUUAGUGUUAGCCACACACAGCAAGAAGGCGGAUGUUGACAUCAUCUUCAGACUGGAGGGUGACGUCACCUAUGACGGCAGAACGUACAGCGACGGGGACACUCUCAGUGUCAGAUUAGAUAAGUAUCAGAAUGUCUCCAUAAACAGUUCAUCUGAUAUGACCAGAACCAUCGUUAAUGCCACGGAAACAAUAGCUGUCUAUAGUGGAACAUACGAUAUGAACUAUAAAGCCUUCUCUACCUUCGAGCAGUUACUGCCUGUGAAACAUUAUGGAAGUGAGUAUAUUCUCGCUAUCCAAGAUUCUUCUGGCUAUCGAAUUCAGAGGUUUACCUUCCCAUACAUACUUCAAGUUGUUACAGACCACAGUGAUACGAGCAUCAUGUUAAAUAACGGUUCUACCGUCUCUAUGGGUAAAGAUGGACUGUACCGUGAACAAUAUGGGCGAUUUGAAACACUUUACUUCAACACCACAAGGCCAGCCAUGGCCACAUUGUGUACUGUUGGGACGUAUAAUAAUUUAGUUACUGAUGGGUUAAUUGUAGUACCACCAGUAUCCCUCUACUCUAAACAAGCAACCCUAAUAGCCCAAGGUACCAGGACAAUAUUGACAGAUAAAGACAACAACAAUGUACACGUUCACGAAAUCCCAAGCACUCUCUCUACAGUUUUCAGUCCUCCGAUAAAGUGGAAGGAAGUUCCAGGUACAAGAUACAAAGUGGGAACAUUACAAAGUGGUCAACACAUAACAACAAUUCGUUCUAAUUCUUCCUUUGCUGUCCUUGGAUACGAUAGAUUUGCCAUAUACAAAGGAGGAUACAACUUUAGGACAUAUCUUGAUGCAGAAACCUCCACGCCAGAUGGAAUUAAUGAAAACACGUUAAAUACAGGUGAUUCUUUUCAAGCGACCACUACGCCAGAUGGAAUUGGAAACAAGUUAAAUACAGAAGGUUCCUUCCAAGCAGACAAUCCGAACAACGCAGCACUGAUCGUAGGGAUAAUCUGUGGGUCUGUUAUUGUGGCUCUCCUGGUCGCAUUUAUGUCAUAUGUAUUCUACAUCCGCAGGAAGAUAAUGCCACUUAAGAGAGUUGAAGCACAAGGCGCCGAUGCUCCCUCGACCUCCAAUAUCUACACGGUGCCUGACAGUGUCGCUGAAGGAGCAGCAGAUGAGGCCACCUACACGGAGAUUACAACUAACUGCACACCUGUCGACGUUAGCAUCGCUGACAGUUCUGCCAUAUAUGUCAAUUUCAAAGGUGGAAAAUAACUCGAAACAAUGCAAACAUGAGUUAGAACUGUUAUCGAAACCGAUUCUGAGACAUUUAGCUGUCUUAUUUUAAAUACAGUAAACUACGGUUAUAACGAACUCGAAGGGACCACUAACUUUAGUUUGUUAUAACCGUAGUUCGUUAUA